CUCUCCGGCCCCGUGUACGCAUGCGCAGAGGCAAAGAUGGCGGCGCGGGAGUGUGACGGAUCAGGUCCUGUUCUGCCGCACGCUCUGUCCUCUGUGACGCACUGAAGGACGUCGCUUCGCCGCGUCCCCGUGAGACCGAGGCCCCGCGGACAUGGCCCUCCGGUACCUGCGGCUGUCGGCGGGCUCCGGGGCCGCGCUGAGGCUCCUGCUGCGGCCGCGGGGAGGCCCGGGGAGAGCCCGCGUCCCGGUGUUGGUGGAGGCUGCAGGGGUGGAGCGUGUGUGGACUGAGCUGCAGAGACACAUGAGCUCCCGUCCUCCUAAAGGCUUUGAGAAGUAUUUCCCUGACAGCAAAAAAAACCCAAAGACGGACGACAAGACCAGCGCCAAGAAAGAGUCUAAAGCUGAGGAGAAGUCGAGCGGUGGAGGACCUGAAGGGGGCGGGACAGGAAGUGGAGGCGGCGGGACAGGAAGUGGAGGCAGCGGGAAACGCGGCGGGAGAAAGGAGGACUCUCAUUGGUCGAGUCGGCUGCAAAAGGGCGAGGUCCCGUGGGACGACAGAGAGUUCCGUCUGUACCUGCUCAGCGGCGCCGCCUUCUGGAUGACCGUGGGGUACUACUUCCUGUGGAGGGACGGGGGCCGCGAGGUCACCUGGAAGGACUUCGUCAACAACUUCCUGUCCAAAGGCGCGGUGGAGCGUCUCGAGGUCGUCAACAAACGCUACGUCAAAGUGGUGUUCAGCCCCGGGAAGACCCCAGUGGACGGAUUGUUCGUGUGGUUUAACAUCGGAAGCGUCGACACGUUCGAGAGGAACCUGGAGUCGGCGCAGAACGAACUCGGGAUCGAAUCUGAGAACCGGGUCCCCGUGGUGUACAGCAGCGAGAGCGACGGGACGUUCAUACUGAGCAUGCUCCCCACGGCGCUCAUCAUUGGUUUCCUGUUGUUGAUGCUGCGGCGGGGGCCGGCGGGGGGGCGCCCGGGGCGGGGCGUGGGCGGACUCUUCAGCGUCAGCGAGACCACGGCCAAAGUCCUGAAGGAACAGAUCGACGUCAAGUUUAAAGACGUGGCCGGGUGUGAGGAGGCCAAACUGGAGAUCAUGGAGUUUGUGAACUUCCUCAAGAACCCGAAACAAUAUCAAGACCUGGGAGCCAAGAUCCCCAAGGGGGCCAUCCUGACUGGACCUCCGGGCACCGGGAAAACUCUCCUGGCCAAAGCCACGGCCGGAGAAGCCAACGUCCCCUUCAUCACCGUCAACGGAUCCGAGUUCCUCGAGAUGUUUGUGGGAGUGGGACCUGCCAGAGUGAGGGACCUGUUCGUCCUGGCUCGUAAAAACGCUCCGUGUAUCCUCUUCAUCGACGAGAUCGACGCCGUCGGACGAAAGAGAGGACGAGGAAACUUCGGAGGACAAAGUGAACAAGAAAACACACUCAACCAACUCCUGGUGGAGAUGGACGGGUUUAACACGGCGUCUAACGUUGUGGUUCUUGCCGGAACAAACCGUCCGGACAUUUUGGACCCGGCGCUGAUGAGACCAGGACGCUUCGACCGCCAAAUCUACAUCGGUCCUCCUGAUAUCAAAGGUCGGGCGUCCAUCUUUAAGGUUCACCUUCGACCUCUGAAGCUCGACUCGACGCUUGACCCCGACGCUGUGGCCAAGAAGAUGGCCGCCCUGACGCCGGGCUUCUCCGGGGCGGACAUCGCUAACGUGUGUAAUGAGGCGGCUCUGAUCGCCGCUCGCCACCUGUGCGACGCCAUCGACGCCAAACACCUGGAGCAGGCCAUCGAGAGGGUCAUCGGAGGUCUGGAGAAGAAGACUCAGGUCCUUCAGCCCGAUGAGAAGAAGGUGGUGGCGUUUCACGAGGCCGGACAUGCCGUGGCCGGGUGGUUUCUGGAGCACGCCGACCCCCUGCUCAAGGUGUCCAUCGUCCCUCGGGGGCGUGGCCUGGGAUACGCCCAGUACCUGCCGAAGGAGCAGUUCCUGUACACGGCCGAGCAGCUGAUGGACAGAAUGUGCAUGACUCUGGGAGGACGAGUGUCCGAGCAGCUUUUCUUCCAACGCAUCACCACCGGCGCCCAGGACGACCUGCGCAAGGUCACGCAGUCCGCCUACGCCCAGAUCGUCCAGUUCGGGAUGAAUCGUCGUGUUGGACAUUUGUCCUUCGAUCUUCCUCGUCCGGGCGAGAUGAUCCUGGAGAAACCGUUCAGCGAAGCCACGUCCCGACUCAUCGACGUCGAAGUCCGAGCGCUGAUCCAAGAGGCCUACGAGAAGACCACGGAGCUGCUGACCCGCCACAAGGACGACGUGGAGAAGGUGGCGCUGCGUCUCCUGGAGAAGGAGGUGCUGGACAAACGUGACAUGGAGGAGCUUCUGGGGAAAAGACCUUUUGCCGAGAAGUCGACGUACGAGGAGUUUGUGGAGGGGACGGGGGGCGACGAGGAGGACACCAGCCUCCCCCCGGGACUCAAGGACUGGAACCAAGAGAGACCCGACCCCAAAGACGAGAGCCCCGAGGAGAGGGUGGCCCGCCAGAUCUCCAGAGGCAUGCCCUUCUGACCCCCGCUGACCCCCCCACUGACCCCUGUGACCCCCCCACUGACCCCACCUGACCCCCCCACUGACCCUUGUGACCCCCGUAACGUGAUGUCAUUGGACGGUGAUGGACACGUGACUGUGACUCCGCCCCCCAAUGAGACGCUGCUCUGUGAUUGGCUGUGGCUCUGUGUAAAUGUGUUUAAAUAAAGACUGUACAGCCAAUCAGCUCGCAGGAGAUGCCGUCCUUCCAGCCGCGCUCAGACACCUGUCACUACACCUGUCACUACACCUGUCACUACA